AUGAGCGCGGCUCAGCCGAACGAAGCGGAGAAGAAUAUUGAGAUAUGGAAGGUCAAGAAGCUGAUCAAGCGCCUUGAGGCCGCAAGAGGAAAUGGAACAUCCAUGAUCUCCCUUAUCAUUCCUCCGAAGGAUCAGAUCUCGCGAGCUGCGAAGAUGUUGGCAGAAGAAUACGGCACCGCUUCCAACAUCAAGUCUCGUGUGAAUCGUCUUUCCGUCCUUUCGGCUAUUACUUCUACGCAGCAGCGUCUCAAGCUCUAUAACAAAGUUCCUCCAAACGGUCUGGUGGUUUACUGUGGUGAAAUCAUCACGUCUGAAGGAAAAGAGCGAAAGAUUAAUAUUGAUUUUGAGCCAUUCAAGCCAAUCAAUACCUCGCUCUAUCUUUGCGACAAUAGAUUCCAUACCGAAGCAUUGAGCGAACUUUUGGAAUCGGACCAGAAGUUUGGCUUCAUUGUCAUGGACGGAAACGGCGCCCUUUUCGGUACUCUGAGCGGAAACACCCGAGAAAUCAUCCAAAAGCUAAGCGUUGAUCUACCCAAGAAACACGGUCGUGGUGGUCAGUCCGCCCUUCGUUUUGCACGUCUGCGUGAGGAGAAGCGGCACAACUACGUCCGUAAGAUCGCCGAGCUGGCUGUGCAGAAUUAUAUCACGGCUGAUAAGGUCAAUGUUGCGGGUUUGAUCUUGGCCGGUUCUGCCGACUUCAAGAAUGAUCUUAACCAGUCAGAUAUGUUCGACCAGCGUCUGCAAGCCAAGGUCAUCAAGGUAGUCGAUGUCUCUUACGGUGGCGAAAACGGUUUCAACCAAGCCAUUGAACUCUCCUCGGAGACUUUGAGCAACGUCAAGUUUGUGCAGGAGAAGAAACUGAUUGGCAAAUACUUCGAGGAAAUCAGCCAGGACACCGGUAAAGUCUGCUAUGGUAUUGAAGAUACAUUGAAGGCUCUGGAACUUGGUGCGGCUGAAACGCUUAUUGUGUACGAGAAUCUUGAUGUCACUCGAUAUAUUCUCAAGACCUCCAGUGGUUCGGAAGUCAUUGUUCAUGCCUCAAAAGCCCAGGAGGAGAACCGAGCAUUGUUCACCGACAAAGAGACUGGUACUGAGAUGGAAGUCGUUGAUCAAUCCUCUUUCCUCGAGUGGCUGGCCGAGAACUACAAGGACUUCGGUGCCGCGCUGGAGUUUGUUUCCGACAAAUCCAGUGAAGGAAAUCAGUUUGUCAAAGGCUUUGGUGGUAUUGGAGCUCUCCUCCGGUACAAGGUCAACUUUGAACAGCUUGCCGAUGCUGAUGACGAGGACGAGUUCUACGACGAGAGCGAGGAUGAACGUCCAGAAGCUCCGAACACGGAUCUUUUGACGGCUCGCCCCGUUAUUAUCGAAGGCGGCUCUCAUGGCGAACCCAUCGCUACCCUGACACUUACCGUGCCGCGGUCUGAACUAAGUUCUAUGAAGCUGCUCAGAGGGCCAUCCAAGCUCCGUAACAUGAUCACUGAGGUCACCUAG